AUGGCAGUAACAAGAACACUAGCUCUCAAGCUAAUGGAGACGCAAUGCGCAAUCUUCAACACAACCUACAACCCCUCCGCCCUCCGCACCGGCAACAGCGUUCUGCGUCAACGCCUGCGCGGCCCUUCGAUGGCAGCCUACUACCCACGCCGCGUCGCCCGAUUCGCCGACUUGCAAAAAGCGUAUCCUGGCUUUGAGACCUACGAUGACUUUGAAGAGGAUCGCAUUGAGAGUGUUGCUAUUACAAAGUCCAGAGGAAAGGGUGCACCCAAGAAGAAGAGGACGGCUGCUGAAUCCAAGAAGUUUGGCAAGAAGAAGAGGUAG